AUGUCGGACACUAGGUGUGCUAUGAUGGCGACCCAGCAGACAAGUGCUUCUGUAGUUACUGCAGGUCAAGGCAUUGGAAGAAAGACUUUACAAGAUACCAUUAAAGAGAUAGAAACUCAGAUAGCUCUGCUUGGUCCAGGGCCUCACACUGUCAAACAACAAGAAGAUUUGUCCAAACUCAAAGAGCUGCAUGGAAGGGCAUUAGCCGAGCAAGAAAAGGCCACCACAAUUGACUCAGCCACAACCACAGCCAGUACCUGUGUCUGUGCCGGUCACUCUAACCCAGCCGCAGCCACAAACUUCCCAAAUGCACCCCAGCGUACACAACUCCAGCCGCAGCUUCAGCCACAGAUGCAGCAGAUGCAGCAGAUGCAGCCACAGAUGACAGUAGUACAGCAUUCUCAACCACACAUAAUGACAACACAGAGUACCGGUACUGUACAGAUGGUGAAUAUCAUCAAACCGCCAAUGGUCACUACCCAAGCUACCCUCCCUGUUGUCUGUACCAGUGCUCCACAACAACUUAAUACAGGCUUAGUGAAUGCAACAGCUUCUCCAGUGACCAUUCCCAGACCCAUCACUGUACAAGGAGGAACAACAGUGCCUCAACCAGGGACACCUGGUCGCAUCAGUCCAGAAGGCAAUCAAAUUUUAACAAAGAGACGAUUACAUGACUUGGUAAAAGAAGUUGAUCCGAAUGAACAACUUGACGAGGAUGUAGAAGAGCUAUUACUGCAGAUAGCCGAUGAUUUCAUCGAGAAUGUUGUGACGUCUGCAUGUCAGUUGGCAAAACAUCGCAAAUCAAGUACAGUAGAAGUAAAAGAUGUGCAGCUUCAUUUGGGUAAAUGUCUUUACGUUUUUCAUACAGUCAUUCCAUAG